CGUGUUUACUCAUGGGUGAUACUGAACCACCCGCCUCAUUUGCAUUACAGACAUAUAGAAACCAGGUUCCACGCAAACUUAACGCUUGCUGUUUGUUGAUAUGCUCGUGUCUUUCAAAUAGCUUUUAGCAGCACUGGAGGAAGCAGCUUGGCUUGCUGGAUUGCAGAGCAGGCUCACAGCCCAUCCAAAGCACAGGAGAAGGGACAAGAAAGACAACUGCAUCUGUAUUUGAUUUCUUGGCCGGUCUGUCCAUCAAAUUGGUUGGCAAGGUCGGGUGGUGGAAGGAAGCAGGGCUGGAGCUGUAGGAAGAAAAAGAACAGCAAGUGCUGAUUCUAAGUAUGCUGUUCCUCAUAGACUGGAUGCUGGAGAAGCUGGCACUGGAGAAGACCCUGUUCCGGACCAUGGUCAUCUCCAGCCUGUUCCUUUUUGUGUUGACUCUGCUCUUCCGUAUGCUCUUGAAAGCCUUCGGCAUUUGGCACCGCUAUUAUGAGAACUGCCGGAGACUGCGCUGCUUCCCAGAGCCUCCACGCUACAAUUGGCUCACAGGGCACAUGGGCAUGAUCAUGCCCAAUGAGGAGGGCAUGGCCAAAUUGGUCCAGCUGGUAACCACCUUCUCCCAGACGUUUGUGACAUGGAUGGGGCCCUUUCUGCCACUUGUGUUUUUGGUUCAUCCUGAUUAUAUCAAGCCAGUUACAACAGCCUCAGCUAUCAUUGCUCCCAAGGACAAACUCUUCUGUGCUUUCCUGAAGCCCUGGCUUGGAGAUGGACUGCUUCUGAGCAAUGGGAAUAAGUGGAUUCAUCACCGACGCAUGCUCACCCCGGCCUUUCAUUUUGAUAUACUGAAGCCCUACGUGAAAAUCUUCAACCAGAGCACAGACAUCAUGCAUGCCAAGUGGCACAAGCUGACCACAGCAGGUGUUGCCUCUCUGGACAUGUUUGAGCAGAUGAGCCUCAUGACACUGGACAGCUUACAGAAAUGUGUUUUCAGCUAUAACAGCAACUGUCAGGAGACAUCGAGUGACUACAUUUCAGCCAUCUUAGAGCUCAGCACUCUUGUCGUGCGCCGGGAGCAUAACCCAUUCUAUCAUUAUGAUUGGAUCUAUCGCCUGACAGCCGAUGGUCGCCGCUUUCAUCGCGCAUGUGACAUUGUGCACCAUUUCACAGCUGACAUUGUUCAGCAGCGGCGAAUGGCACUUAGCCGCGUGGGCCGCGAUGCCUGGCUGAAAUCCAAGCAGGGAAAGACUGUGGACUUCAUUGACAUUCUGUUGCUGGCCCAGGAUGAAGAGGGGCAUCACCUGUCUGACGAAGACAUUGCAGCUGAGGUGGACACUUUCAUGUUUGAGGGCCAUGACACCACAGCAAGUGGUUUGUCCUGGGUGUUGUACAAUCUGGCUCGACACCCAAAGUACCAAGACCAGUGUCGAGAAGAGAUUCAGGAUCUGCUGAAAGGCCAAGACAUAGAGGAGAUUGAAUGGAACGAUCUCUCCCAAAUGCCCUUCACCACCAUGUGUAUCAAGGAGAGCUUGCGCCUCCACCCACCAGUCAUAGCCGUGUCUCGGAGCUGCACUGAGGAUGUGAUGCUGCCUGAUGGACAGAUUAUCCCUAAAGGGAAUAUUUGCCUUAUCUGUAUUUUUUCGAUCCAUCACAAUCCUGCUGUCUGGCCUGAGCCUGAGGUCUACAACCCAUACCGCUUUGAUGCAGGAACCUCACAGCACCGCUCCCCACUGGCCUUUGUGCCCUUCUCAGCAGGCCCCAGGAACUGCAUUGGACAGAACUUUGCCAUGUCAGAGCUGAAGGUGGUCCUGGCCCUGACAUUACUGCGCUUCGUGGUGCGCCUAGAUGAGAGCAGACCGAUACGGCGCAAGCCAGCACUAAUCCUGCGGGCAGAGGAAGGGCUGUGGCUGCAAGUGGAGCCACUGCCUGCCAAGCCUUGAGCCGAACACACACACCCUGCUCUUUGCACUUCAGUCCCGACUGCAAAGAAGAUUUGUGAUGGCAAGAGAGGCUCUCUGCCUUAAGUGGCAUGGAAGGCAGGGCCACACCAUGAAUGAUGCAUCUCUCUCCCCUCCACCCCUGUGGCUGCCUUGCCGUUGCUGCACAGCCUUACGUGUCUGCCUUGCCAUCAUGCAGGGCAAAAAGAUGUGUGUUAACAGUUAAUAUAGCUAUAUUAAAGCUAUAGAUGUAUUUGACCAUAAAAUGCAGUUUCAACAUU